CCACUUCCCGCCAAUCAAAAGCCCUAGAUUCCUCGGUACUCUUCUUUCUAUAUAAUCGCAGAACCCUCCCUCUCGCUCAAACCCUAACCCCAAUUUCCCCUCCAAAAAUUGCACUCACCGAACCCCCAAUUUCAGUCCGGCGAAGAAACGAAAUCAGGCGUUUGAUUAAUUGUGAUUAAAAAAAUUGAAGAGAGAUGUUGGAACUGAGGCUGGUGCAGGGGAGCUUGCUGAAGAAGGUUCUGGAAGCGGUGAAGGAUCUGGUGAACGAUGCGAAUUUCGACUGCUCCGCCACCGGAUUCUCCCUUCAGGCCAUGGAUUCCAGCCACGUGGCGCUGGUGGCGCUUCUGCUCCGGUCGGAGGGUUUCGAGCACUACCGCUGCGACCGCAACAUCUCCAUGGGUAUGAACCUCGGUAACAUGGCCAAGAUGUUGAAGUGCGCCGGAAACGAUGACAUCAUCACACUCAAGGCUGAUGACGGCAGCGAUGUUGUCACUUUUAUGUUUGAAAGCCCUACUCAAGACAAGAUUGCAGAUUUCGAGAUGAAGCUUAUGGAUAUCGACAGCGAGCAUCUUGGAAUUCCCGAAGCUGAGUACCAUGCCAUAGUCAGAAUGCCGUCUUCCGAGUUUGCAAGAAUUUGUAAAGAUCUUAGCAGCAUCGGUGACACAGUUGUGAUUUCUGUUACAAAGGAAGGUGUAAAGUUCUCAACAAGAGGAGAUAUCGGAACUGCAAAUAUCGUCUGCAGGCAAAACACCACUGUCGACAAGCCAGAGGAAGCAACUGUGAUAGAAAUGAACGAGCCAGUGUCUUUGACCUUUGCACUGAGGUACUUCAACUCGUUCACAAAGGCAACUCCGUUGUCGAACACUGUAACAUUAAGCUUGUCUUCGGAGCUUCCAGUGGUGGUUGAGUACAAGAUUGCGGAAAUGGGCUAUAUCAGGUUUUACUUGGCGCCCAAGAUUGAAGAUGAUGAUGAAGAUGCCAAACCUUGAGAUUCAUUAUUCGAGUGUUUCUUUUCCUUGGUCGUAGUUAAAUUCGCAAGCCUUGUAGGUCUUGUAUAUCUGUUUCUUCUGCAUUUUCUUGAUGUAAUUGUCGACACUAUGUUUGAUUUCCUUGGUGUUUUUCGAACACUGUUCUUAUGCUGCUACUGCUUAUGCUCUAGAAAGUAAGAAGGAAGUAUUGCAAUUAGAGCUGCAUUGUUUGAUUUGUAUUA